AUGUUCAGUCUGACCGUGGAAUGCAUGUGUCAGAACCGAGCCUCCUCAAUUGCUGAAGUCUAUGCAGUGGGCAGCAUGCCCAGAUGCACAUGUGGGUCAUUACAGAUCCUUGAGGCCUACAGAGAAUCUGGUACCACAGAGAGCAAAACAAGUUGGACAAUUGUCCUGGCCACGCUUUUACAGCAAGUACAAGACAUGGUCUCAGACGGUCAAAGCUCAUUCUGGGGAACAGCUAAACCUCUGCACCAGAGAACAAAGUCAGCCUGCAAGUCAUUUGAGUGCAUCAACCUGAAAGCAAUUAAGCCAUCAGAGAGGAAAAUAUUUGUAGCCCUAACAUCAUCACAAGUAAGGAGAUAUAACACAAAACUGCUCAGUCAUGAUAUUGCAGAACUUCUGAUCUCCAGAGAGGGGUUGGCAAUGAAAUACUUCUUGUUUUUGGCUGCUGUCUCUGGCUUCCUGCCUGUUUUGACCCCAAGACAUGAGGCAGCUUUAAAAACCCUGCUGACUGAAUCAACAGCUGUCCAGGAAGAAAUCGUGAAUCUGCACAACACCAUUAGGAGAAAAGUACUUCCUGAAGCCAGCAACAUGCAGAAGAUGAGUUGGGGAGAAGACGCUGCAGAAAACGCAAGAACUGUGUCAAAGUACUGUGAUACGGAAGGGAGUGACCCAAUUGACAGGAGACUUGAAAAUACCUUUUGUGGAGAAAACAUUUAUAUGUCAGCUUUGCCUUACUCAUGGUCCCAAGUGAUUGGAAUCUGGUAUAGCGAGUCUAAAAAUUUCAGCUAUGGAAAAUAUGUAUCACAGGAUUUGGUUAUAACUCAUCAUUACACUCAGCUCAUUUGGGCCAGUUCUUACCUCAUUGGCUGUGGUGUUACAGUAUGUCGAAAAGAAAAGCUAUUUUACUAUCUCUAUGUUUGUCACUAUUGUCAUGAGGGAAAUGAUCCUGAAAGAAUUUAUUUGCCCUAUAAGAAGGGCACACCUUGUGGAGAUUGUCCAACUCACUGUGAUGAUAAGCUUUGCACUAAUCCCUGCCUCUUCUAUGAUGAACUCACCAACUGUGAGACAAGAGUGAGAGCUUUGGGAUGCAGUCAUUCAUCACUUAAAUUACUCUGCAAUGCUACUUGUAACUGCGACACUGAGAUAAAAUAACUCUGUUACAACAAUUAUAAUGCUCCAGAGAGAUGAAGAGAUGUCAUUUGUAUGGUAUCUUUUCCUUAGUUUAUUUUAUUCUAAUAUUUUUGAUGAAUU